AUACAUAGAGAGUUCGAAGAGAAAAGCUUCAGAGGUGCUGUAUCUGAAAAUUUUUGCAGCCGUUGUAUCCUGGGAGACGUUCGCUACAAAACUCCUGCAUCGGUGGGCGUAAAACGUCUUAAGGACACUGUGGUAUCACACAGGCCUCGGUCAACCUUUGUAGAAAGUAGAUCAAUUUCAAAGACCUACAGAAAUGGCAAGUGGAGACAACAGGACUGUGCCCACUCAGACUUCUGGAAUUCAGAUGCCUCCUUCUGCUAGUCAUGCAGAGAAACCUGAGAAGUUUAAUGGAGCAAACUUCAAAAGAUGGCAGCAGAAGAUGCUAUUUUAUUUGACCACCCUGGGACUUGCGCGGUACUUGACUGAAGAUGCGCCACCCAGUAAUGAAGAGAGUGAUAAGGAGACUCUCAUGGCGGUGGAUGCAUGGAAUAAUUCCGAUUACUUAUGUCGGAAUUAUGUCCUGAAUGGCCUGUCUGAUGUCCUGUAUGGUGUAUACUGUGGCACAAAAUCAGCAAAGGAGCUGUGGGAAACACUGGACCGAAAGUACAAGACCGAGAAUGUGGGUUCAGAAAAGGAUGAUAAUGAAUGA